AUGUUAUCAUAAAUAAUUUUGGCUACUCUAUUAGGAAUAACUUUAUGUGGUUGGACAAGGUUCCCAUAAAUAAAAAUAGACAAGUUUAACAAAACUGAAUAGGCCAUCUCAAUUAGCACUGAGGAUUUCAAACAUUUAAAAUACCCCAAUGCUUUUGAUUUGGAAUUGUAUUAUCAGGAAGGACUCACCGAUGAAAAAGAUAUUUCAAAAUACUAAAAAAUCGAGGAUACAUAUCUAUAAUAACAAGGAUGCUCUUAUUCUGAAAGGAAAAUAAAGGUAGAAGAUCAAAUGUAGAUUUAAUUGCCAGAUGAAGGCAAGUACAGUUUUACUGAUAUGAUAGUUGUUGAAAAAUCAGCAUUUGUAAUUAGGAAUGAUCAUAAAGUAUUUAGUGUCUAAUUAGAUUUUAAUGGGAAUGAGUUGAAGAAAUUAAGUGUUUCUUCCUAACAUUUAGAUUUUUCAAAUUAAAUUGCUAUUAAUCUCAAAAAAAAACCUCAAUUUUUGGUAGCAGGCCAAUAAGUCUUUGUUGUGACGGAGAAAGGAACAAUUGGCUUCAAUUUUACGGAAUGGUCAAAUGGAAGUUUGCCAAAAAUAAAUUUUCAUAAUUUGGAAGAAGUGAACAAUAUUUAUUAUGUCCAUUAUGAUGAAAAAUUUAGGAGGAUGUUUAUAGUUGCUGGAAUAUAAGGCGUGUUGGUGUAUGAAAUAAAAUAAUAGGAGUUAAAUCAUCUUUAUACAAUAAAUAUAAAUUUAAACAUAAUUAAAGUGUAAACUAAGGACGAUCAAUUAUUUUUAUUAGAUGAUAAAAAAGGAAUCCACUUUUAUACUAUAACUGAAAGUGAAUACAAAGAUAGUGAAUUCCUAAUUCCUCUGGAAAAUCCUAUAUCUUUUGUAUAUAAUAAGAACUCUUUCUUAGUAGUGGCUUAAACUGGGCAAUCUUCAGAUAAGAUCAUUUUUGGAAUAGAAAUUCUGUUUCAUUUUAAAAAUCAAGAAUUUUAUUAUAAUAAAUUUUAUUUAGAAGAUAUGCAAUUAAAAGAUGUCUAAAGUUGUGGUGACUUUUAAUUUUUAAUUGGUUAUGAUGUACACAAGAUCAUUUAAACAAAUGUAUACAGAGGAUUUGUAGAUGAAAAUUUUGAUUAUGAUACUGAUUUCAUGAUACCAUUAUUAUAGAAAAUUGAGGAAAUAGAAGGCACAGAUUACGAAAAAGCUAAUUAUUAAUAUCAUCAUUCGUUAGCAUUGACACCUCGUCAUUUAUAUGGAUUGACUAUUAAGGACAGAAAUCCAGAGAUAGUUUGUUCAUCUCAAAAAUAAAUUGAGUAGUCUUAUGCAAUUUUAAUUAAUUCAACUUAAUGUGAAAAGGCAGAAACAGAUCCUUUCAUAGUUUGUCAUGAGGAACAUUUUAUUAAUUUAGUGGUAAAUGAAGUUUUGCUAGAUUCAUAAUCGUAAUGGUAUGCAGAGGUGUUCCUGAUUGUGGUUUUCGUAAUCUUUAUUUUGUUAUUAAUAUGCGGAUACAAAAUGUGCACUAAAUGGAGAAUUAUUAUGAAAAAUGUGGAGGCUACAUUGUAAAGUAAAAAAGGUAAUAAACAAUAUGCAGACCUGCCACUGGGAUAAUGA